AUGGCUGCCCAAAAUACCACCGUGGGUGGAAAUUCAGCUUUUCACAACUUCAACAAUGACUUCGCUCAUAUCACAGACCCCAAUGAGCGAAGACGUCUUGCUCUAGCUGAGAUCGACAGAGCUCCUUUUGGAUGGUAUCACGUCCGUGCUUGUGUUGUCGCAGGUAUUGGUUUUUUCACAGAUUCCUACGACAUCUUUGCCAUUAACUUGGUCACUUCCAUGUUGGGUAUCGCAUUCUUCCAGAACAGUGUUUCAAAGGGCUCGAUCCCCACAACCAGUGAUACCGCUAUCAAGGUUGCUACUUCCGGUGGAACUGUUAUCGGUCAACUCGGUUUCGGAUGGCUCGCAGAUGUUGUCGGUCGUAAGAAGAUGUAUGGUCUUGAGUUGAUGAUUAUCAUCUUUGCUACUCUCGCUCAAGCUCUUUCUUCUCCAUCGCAUGCUGUCUCUAUCGUCGGUCUUUUCAUCUUCUGGCGUGUCUUGAUGGGUAUCGGUAUUGGUGGAGAUUACCCAUUGUCAUCUGUCAUCACUUCCGAAUUUGCUACCACCAAAUGGAGAGGAGCUAUGAUGAACGCAGUUUUUGCCAUGCAAGGUAUUGGUCAAUUUGCUGCCGCCAUCAUUGCUUUGAUUGUUACAUCAGGCUUCAAAGAGUCGCUUUUGACUGGGUCCAAAGCCUCAACCUGCACAGGCGUUUGUCAGCUUGCUGUUGAUAAGAUGUGGCGUGUUAUUAUUGGUUUUGGUGCCGUCCCAGGUUGCAUUGCCCUCUAUUAUCGCUUAACCAUUCCUGAAACCCCUCGAUACACCUUCGACGUUGCUCGUGAUGUCGAACAAGCUAGCGAAGACGUUCAAGCAUACAAGCAAGGCAAGAGCCAUGGAGAGCCUGAUGAGAUUACUCGCGUAGCCACUCUCAACCAAACUGCUCAAGAACUUGAUAUCCCAAAGGCCAGUUGGGCAGACUUCAUCGCUCAUUACAGGCAAUGGAGAUUCGGCAAGAUCCUUCUUGGUACGGCCGGUUCAUGGUUUUUCCUUGAUGUAGCCUACUACGGUCUCGGUCUUAACAACUCCGUCAUUCUUUCCGCCAUUGGAUGGUCCGGCGGCAAUAACAUGUAUGAGGUCUUUUACAAAACUGCCGUUGGUAAUCUUAUUCUCGUCUGCGCUGGUGCCAUCCCUGGAUACUGGGUAUCUGUCGCUACAAUCGAUACUCUCGGCCGCAAGCCAAUUCAAUUCAUGGGUUUCGGCAUCCUUACCAUCCUCUUCAUCAUCAUCGGCUUCGCUUACAACAAACUUUCCGGCCAUGCUCUCCUAGCCCUUUACGUCAUCGCCCAAUUCUUCUUCAAUUUUGGUCCUAACUCCACCACUUUCAUUGUUCCGGGUGAAUGUUUCCCUACACGCUACAGAUCUACAUCUCACGGUAUCUCUGCUGCCUCCGGGAAAGUGGGUGCUAUCAUCGCACAAGUUGUUUUCGGACCACUCAGAACAAAAGGCGCUCUUCCAGGGGCUACUGGUGCCGCUGCUAGCCCUUGGUUGAAUCAUGUUAUGCAAAUCUUUGCAUUAUUCAUGUUGCUGGGAUUUUUCACUACAUUCCUCAUUCCUGAGACGAAGAGAAAGACUCUCGAAGAGUUGGCGGGUGAAGUUCCAGGAACUCCCAACUAUGAUCCACCCUCGACAAUACGCACUCCUGGAGCAAACAAGAGUGUUAAUUCAAGUCAUGAGGGGAUUGAACAUGAGUCUCAGGCCGAGAAGAUUGUUUAA